AAUUAUGCAGGUGACAAGGAAAUGCUUGGAAAGUGUGAAAAGUUUUUCCUCGAGUUGAUGAAGGUGCCACGAGUAGAAGCCAAAUUAAGAGUAUUUGCAUUUAAAAUCACAUUUUCAAGUCAGGUGGAGGAUUUGAGAAGUAACCUGAAUACUAUCAAUGAUGCUUCUAGAGAGGUCAAAGAGUCAGUGAAGUUGCGCCAGAUAAUGCAGACAAUUCUCACUCUGGGAAAUGCUCUGAACCAGGGCACCGCUAGAGGUUCUGCUGUAGGGUUCAAACUGGAUAGUCUUCUUAAAUUAUCUGAUACACGAGCAAAAAACAACAAAAUGACUUUAAUGCAUUAUUUGUGCAAGCUCCUUGCUGAGAAAAUGCCAGAACUGUUGGUCUUUGAUAAGGAUCUUGCACAUUUAGAAGCUGCUUCUAAGAUUCAAUUGAAAACGUUAGCUGAAGAAAUGCAGGCGGUGAGUAAAGGUCUUGAAAAGGUUGAGCAAGAACUAACUACUUCAGAACAUGAUGGUCCUAUAUCUGUUGGCUUCCAGAAGGUGAGGCUAGUAAAAACAUGUCAUGUUACUUAAAAAAUAUGGAUCUAC